AUGGACACAUCACUCGACCAAACCCGCUUCCACCACCCACAGCACGCCCACAAAUCCAGCCUAGCAAUGAGCACAGGCACAAGCAGCAUGACCCGACCAACCCAGCCCUCACGCCGCCUAUUAAUCUUCCAAGAAGCGCGCAAUCCGCAAAACACGGCCGAAAUCGCCUAUCUGCCCGUCAACAAGCUCGGGUUACCGAUUUGCGGCGAGGGUCCGGUGUUGCCGGAUAUUUUGGAGUUGCCGUUGCGGAUUGUUAAGGCUUUUACGGAGAUUUUUAAUCAGCCUAAGUAUAAGGGGUGGUCUGUUCGCUCGGCCGGCCCUUACCAUGAUACGUCUGAAGAAGGGAAGUUUUAUGCUGUUGUUUUGGAGCAGACGCAGGGUCAUCAGGAGAUGAGUUCGAGUGCGGGAUCGCCAUAG